UAUUUUUUUCGUCUUUUACUGCAUACAGUUCAUCACGCUCAUUAAUAUCGUAAUAAUCGUUUUGUUCAUCCAGUCGGAAUAAUACACUCUUUCGAAUUCCACCUGCGACGAACACCCUAAUACACACACACACACACACACACACUCCUUCAACUGUAUCAAGAUUCCUGGAGAACCUAAUCGUCACUCUUUAAAGACCACACCCCAGCAUUGAACCUACCCGGCUAUAUCACUCACCCGUAGUUUACUCGACCAUUUUAUCACCAUGGCCUACUCCAACUCAACUGACUGCGGCUUCUUCGUCGAGUCCGACGAGCCUCGACAACCUCGAAUCAGUAUGAAGGAUGCGGCGAAGAUGCUAGCCCGAAAUAGGCAAGAGAUGAUUGCCAACGAGCUGUCUCGCCUGGCCGGCGAUGAGUAUCUCGAGGACAUCAUGCAGCACAUGAGGCAUAUGGAGGACGAGACACUACCGGAUGCCAAUCUGAUUGACAUGCAGCGAGAAAUCCAAUGGUUCAUGCGACCUUACCUGAUUGACUUUUUAAUCGAGGCCCACGCUGCAUUCGCGCUCCUGCCGGAGACCCUGUUUCUUACCGUGAACCUGUUAGACCGGUACUGUUCAAAGCGAGUGGUUUAUAAGCAGCACUAUCAGUUAGUCGGAUGCGCUGCCCUUCUUAUUGCCGCCAAGUAUGGUGAUAAAAAAGAUCGCGUACCUCAGAUCAACGAGCUGAACAACAUGUGCUGUGGUCUUUACGAUUCAGGAAUGUUUACACAGAUGGAGAUGCACGUCCUUAACACGCUUGAGUGGACUAUCGGGCACCCGACUGUCGACUUCUUUACGCAACUCAUCGUUGCCGAGGAAUCGGAUGACCGCGAGGUUGAGCAUAUGGCAGCUUAUCUAUGCGAGAUCGCAUUGUACCAUCGAGACUUUGUUUCCACGAAGCCGUCGAUCAUGGCACGUGCCUCGCUCGCCCUUGCACGUGCGAUACUUGGACGACCCGAAGUCAAUGACGGCGAAUGGGAUCAUGUGGAGAAUGUUACGGUGCUUGCACUAUCUCAGCACCUGCAUCAGCCGUCGGUCACGUUAUCAAGGAAGUACUCGUCUCACCACCUCUCCCGUGUUUCCGGGAAGCUUGCCGAGUUUCUUGCUCAGCAGGCAGCUAUUUCUCGUCGAGCGCAAGGCCCGCCCUCUCCUCCCGCGGAGCCCAGCAUAUCAACGCACCACUCAAACAUAUAUAGCACUCCUCAGAAGGGACACGGUGCUGCCAUUGGUGUCGCGGAUGGGUAUCUAACACCACCUAUCACCCCCGACGGUGUUGACUUUGGCGUUGUCACAGACCCAAUGAAUAAAUACGUUCCCCCUAGGUGUCCAGUUACUCCCACACCUCAACCUCCCAGCGCGACGGGGUAUCCCCAACAGCAGCAACCCUCCACACAAAAGUACUCCAACUACUCAUAUGAGGAAUACAGUGGUCCAAUGGUCUCAUAAUAGUCGCCACAGCGUGGAGGGCAUCUCUACAGACUUGGAGUAGAUUCACCUUAUCAAUUCUAUCAUACGAAUAACUCGUUUUGAGGCUAAUCGCAUGGAUGCGUAUCGUUGGAAGGAAAAAGAUUGUUGCAUAAUUGACGGUUUAGGUUCAUCUCCAUGGCAUCAGCGACUUGUUUUUAUUUCAAAAUACUUCUUUAUUUUUUUUUUCCUUUUCUCAGUCAUACCCAUUCAGCGUGCCGUUGUUGCGUCAACCACUAAAGCGAACGAUUG